CACCUGCCCCGGCGGGGAGCACCGCUCCGCUCUGUCCCCGUGGGGUCCCGUCCCCAUCCCAUUACUCCUGCGCCGGCCGCCCCGUGCAGGCCCUGAGGGGGCAGCAGCUGCCCCUCUGAUUUUAGGGCAGCUCCUUGGCUCCAAGGGCCAAUCCCUCCGGUAGCAUGCGGGGCUUCACCGUCUGGGACUACGUGAUCUUUGCGGCCAUGCUGCUGGUCUCGGCUGUCAUCGGGGUCUACUACGCAUUCGUGGGAGGGGGGCAGAAGACAUCUAAGGACUUCCUCAUGGGAGGCCGCAGUAUGAGCGCCCUCCCUGUUGCACUCUCCCUCACAGCCAGCUUCAUGUCAGCUGUCACCGUGCUGGGCACCCCCGCCGAGAUCUACCGCUACGGUGCCAUCUUCUGCAUCUUUGCCAUCACCUACGCACUGGUGGUGCUGUGCAGUGCGGAGAUCUUCCUGCCUGUCUUCUACAAGCUGGGUAUUACCAGCACCUACGAGUAUUUAGAGCUUCGAUUUAAUAAAUACCUGCGCCUCUGUGGAACGGUCCUCUUCAUUAUACAAACGACUCUAUACACUGGUAUUGUCAUUUAUGCUCCAGCGUUAGCACUGAAUCAAGUCACUGGCUUCGACUUGUGGGGUGCAGUGGUGGCAACCGGUGUGGUCUGCACUUUCUAUUGCACACUGGGCGGUCUGAAGGCAGUGGUGUGGACAGAUGUUUUCCAGGUUGGAGUCAUGGUAGCUGGAUUUUCAGCUGUCAUUAUACGAGCUGUGGUGGUUCAGGAGGGAAUCGGACGCAUUGUAAACGACUCCUACUACGGAGGAAGAUUGAACUUCUGGGACUUUGAUCCCAAUCCUUUGCAAAGGCACACCUUCUGGACAAUUAUAGUAGGUGGGACUUUCACAUGGACUGGCAUAUAUGGAGUCAACCAGUCUCAAGUACAGAGAUACAUUGCGUGCAAAAGCAGGUUCCAUGCAAAAUUGUCCCUCUAUAUCAACCUGGUAGGCCUCUGGGCGAUACUGGCCUGCGCAGUGCUGUGUGGCCUGGCCCUCUACUCCAUCUACAAGGACUGCGAUCCAUGGACAUCAAAGCAGGUGUCAGCAGUUGACCAGCUAAUGCCAUACCUAGUGCUGGAUAUUCUCCACGAUUUUCCAGGAGUGCCAGGGCUUUUUGUGGCUAGUGCCUACAGUGGGACAUUAAGUACAGUGUCCUCCAGCAUCAAUGCUUUGGCUGCUGUGACUGUUGAAGACCUCAUUAGGCCGUACUUCAGAUCACUCUCUGAAAAGAAGCUGUCGUGGAUUUCCAUGGGGAUGAGCCUGUUUUAUGGUGGAGUCUGCAUUGCUAUGGCUGCAGUGGCAUCUCUCCUGGGAGCCUUGUUGCAGGCAGCACUCAGCAUUUUUGGCAUGGUUGGUGGCCCCCUUUUAGGACUGUUUGCCUUGGGAAUCCUCUGCUCCUUUGCAAAUGGAAUUGGUGCAUUUGUGGGUCUUGUCAGUGGCUUUGUUAUUUCACUUUGGGUUGGAAUUGGAUCUCAGAUUUAUCCUCCACUUCCAGAGAGGACCAAGCCUCUAUCUCUCUCAACUAUAGGCUGUAAUAUAUCCUCAGGAAAUUUGACGGCAACAGAAAACCCAUUAACAACAAUCUUCAACACACCAAGUGCAGAGAGGCCUGUCCUGGCAGACAACUGGUAUUCCUUGUCUUAUCUUUACUUCAGCACACUUGGGACACUUAUCACAGUAGCUGUGGGAAUAAUUAUCAGCCUCCUAACAGGAGGACUUAAGCAGAACACAGAUCGUAAAUUCCUGCUGACCAAGGAAGAUUUCCUGUCCAACUUCUCAUGGUCUAAAUCUGAAACACCACAGAAAGUGGAAGUGUUGAACUGGAAACCGUUUACCAUGGCAGCUGAAGGAACUGACAACCCUGCUUUCAGCCACAUUGAAAUGGACUUUGCAAGCAAUAAGAACAAAGUCAAUGGCCUUCAUAUAUGACGUGGGGCCAUGUCAGCCCUCCAGGACAGUUUUGUUCAUGUAAGGCACUAUUGACAGUCCUGUGCCAGGUCAGUUACCAGCCCUGCAGGGGUAAUGGGCAGCCGUCUGCUGAGCUUUGUUGCACUGUCACCCUUGCAUGCCCUUGAUAUUAGUCAAGAAAGGAAUCAGGUCUUUCUUGCACAUCCUCACCCUCUCUUUCUCACUCUGGAUCUUGGUGACAGGGCUGAAGGCAAUGUUUAUAUGUGAAGUAUUUACCUGAUACUCUUGAGCUUCCUGGAAAAUAUCUGCAUUUUAUCUCAGUUCACUCUCAGAGUAAUUUUUUUAUUUGGUAAGAGCACUGUUCCCCCAGA